CCAAGCCGCAGAAACAUGGCGUGUUUAGAAAUCAAUAGACAGGAGCCCAGUUGCAAGGAUGCCAGCCUGACUGCGUGUCAGGUGCGUGCGCAUCAUCAAUGGCCGAAAAUGGCAGACAGCUCUAAAAGAGAUAAAAUCGCCGCUGCCAAAAAGAGGCUUAAACAAUUUCAACAGAAGUCUGGCCGAACCCCUACCAGCUCACCAGCCCAGGCAACCAAAACAAACAAAGACAAGACUCCAAACAAGGAAAACAUCUGCACUAAUCUGUCUCCAGAGCAGAGCAAGGUCCCUGAGUCAAACUGUGAAACUAACGACACCCCCUCCCCCAAGUCAGCUGUCGAUGCCAGACAAGCUGAAGAGCAGCCCAAACAUGGCCACUCCCAGUGGUUUGGGUCCUCCACCAGAACAACGUCCUCCACUGAGAGCCUGCAGCAGCUGUCCAGACAGAUCAAUGGCCUUCUAGCAGAGACCUCAGACUUUGUCAAUGGUGAAGAAAUGGAUACCACAAAUGGUUCAAGUGUUGCAGAGCUUGAGAAGCGGAAUCGUGAACUUGCAGCUCUCCUUGAGAAAUACUCAUCAACUAAUGAACAGUUGACAACACAGAUUGAACAAGUUAGAAGUCAUGCGAAGACCCUACAGGAGCAGCUGGACCAGGAGCGAGAUGGCUUCGAUGAUAAACACAAGAAAGAUGUUGGGUCCCUCAGGGAACAACUGCAGGUGCACAUACAGACGAUCGGAAUACUUGUUGCGGAGAAAACAGAGUUGCAGUCUCAAGUCAGUCAGUCACAGCGCAUUGCGGAGCAGAGAUUAGAUGAGAUUGAGGAGUUGAGUGGUCGUCUGAAAGCAUCUCGACAGAGAGUGGCUGACUUGGAGAGAAACGUAUCGUCUGUAUCUUCGUCUAGUCAGCAGUAUGAAAAGACUCUGGAAGAGGCUAAUAGAGAGUCUACAAAGGAAAUUGAUAGAUUGAAAAUGGAUCUGUAUAAGGCAAAUAAAUCCAAAGAUGAAUUUCAACAGCAGAGUUCUGAACUAUCUGAGAAACUCAGUUCAAAGGUUGGAGAAUUUUCAAGCCUUGAACAAACUGUUGCUGAGUUACGGAAGCGACUAGAAAUGGCAGAGCUCUAUGCACAACAGCUUUCAAGUGAGAGCGAAACUUCCAGUGAGUCGGUGAAAGUGGUUGAGCAGCUGCAGGUUGAGAGGGACACAUUGAUAGCCAAAAUCCACCAGUAUGACGAGUCUUUCCAUAAAGUGGCCGCCGAGCGGGACCAGAUAUCGGAGCAGUACAGACACUACACGGAACAGCUGCAGCAACAGAGCCAGGAGCUCUCACAGCAGGUGUCCAGCAUGGCGGAGGAGCGAGAGCAGCUGCUGGCCAGACAACAUCACCUGGAGGCCUCCGCUCUCGAGCUGCAGAGAAAGCUGGAGGAGGCAGUGGUGGUUGAGCGACCGGUGCAGGAGAGUGUGUCUGCCGAUGUCCCGGAGGAGCUGGAGCGAGUCAGGUUGGAGUACCAGGAGCUGACAGAGAGACAUGAGUCCCAGGUCCGAGACAACGCCCAGCUCAGCAGGUUUCUGGAGGAGAAGGAGGAACGGAUCUCGGAGCUGGAGUCGACGGUUUCCACUCUCGGGGAGGAGGCCGGAGACAAGGCUCAGCUCCUGGAGAACAUACAGAGUGACAAGACAGCUCUUAGUCGCGCUCUGACCCAGAACAAAGACCUCAAGCAGCAGCUGGCGGAACUGCAGAGCGGCUUCGUCAAACUGAGCAACGAGAACAUGGAGAUGAUGACCAAGCUUCAGGGGGAGGAACACUCCGGCAACGAACUCGGUCAGCGGCUCGCUCAGCAGGAGGAUGAGAUCAAAGACCUCCGAGAAUCGGUGAGCAGCAAGGACCGGGAGAUGUCGGAGCUGCAGAAGGUGGUGUCCAUCUCCCAGAGGGAGGAGUACCAACAGGAUCAGAUCCAGGACAGACUGCGGCACUAUGAGGCCCAGGCCCAGCUGGUCGACACACUGCAGAACGAACUCACGUCCGCACAGCGCCUGAAAGAGGAACGUUUGGAUAUGAUGGAUGCUUUGACGACACAGAACCGAGAGCUCCGCGCCAUGCUCAUCAGGGCCACUGAGGUCAAGGCCAACUCUGAACAUUCCAUUGACGCCGAUAAUGAGUCGAAGAGAGACGGUGUGAUGGAGUCUCUACAGUCGACAAUCCAGCAACUGGAGAGUGAGCGUAGUCAGCUGGUGGAUAACCUGCGAGAGCAGAGGGACCUCUCCGACAGCCUCGGGAUCAAGGUGGCCGAUCUACAGGAGGAGAUUCUUAGGAAAAAUCAAAUGAAUUUUGAUAACGACAUCAUCACAAGAGCAGAUUAUGACCAGUUGAAAAUGGCUUUGGAGAUGAUUCAGGAUAAGUAUUCUCGCGUGAUGCGGGACAAGGCGGAGUUGACAGACAAGGCGGACAUGUUGGAGCACAUGGUGACUCAGCUACAGGGGGAGACAGACACUAUAGGUGAAUACAUCUCCCUGUACCACCACCAGAGGGCACUGCUCCAGCAGCGGGAACAUCAGAAGAACGAUUACAUCACCCAACUGGCCCGGGAUAGGGAGGAAAUGCAGGGUAAGCUGGGCCAGCUCCAGGCCCUAGUGAUGCAGCUGCUGGGAGAGAGGAACAUGCUCCACAGCUACACAGAGGAGGCCUCCAGACCCGCCGACAUCUCCGACCUCGAGCCACAUCUCAACUCCUCCCUUGCACACAAACAGGGCCACAAGCAUCACCAUCAUAGGAGUGCAAUGACAAAUGGCGUCAACAAUAACUAUGAUUGGCCCGACUACACAAGCUCGGAGAGCGACAGCGAGAGUGAGGUAGAGCCUAUAGUGGGGGGGACCCAUGACACCGACUCGGCCACACCCACUGAAGAAAUCAACCAACCAAUGUUAACCGACACUCCAUCCCCCGACCAAUCACUAAACACAGAGGACACAGACAUGAAUAUUCAUAAGGAAAACCAUGCACACGGCACCAAACAUAUGCAUCGAACACUCCCCGAGGAGGACCAAACCGCACACCGAAUUCUUCAUUUACUGUCGGAAAUCGGCCAUUCCAAUCUGGUGGAGAAACCUCCUUUCACAGAAAGAAACUUCCUACCCUGCAAGUUCUGUCAAGGGCCUAUCCAUAUUGUUUAACAGAUGCACAAUCUCUGUAGAUAUGUACAUACACUGUAAGAUAUUGUAUAGACAAGACGACUGGGUUGGGCUAUGCUGGAAACCCACGCCACAAAACUACCUGCUUUGUUUGUGUGAAGCAGAUCAGUAACCAUGCCUUGACUCACAAACUGACCAUUUCAGCGUUGUCUGGAUGUAGGGUCGGAAUACAGCACUCUCUGGGAAUGGUCGGAAGAACAUUGUGGAUGUGUGUGUUGGUUACCUUCAGGUUUCAGGAUUGAUCGAGUAUUAGAAGUCUUGUUAGAAAGUCUGAAUGGUCGUGUGUACUAUACUGCAAUACGACAGAUGCUGUAAAUAUGUUUCUUCUAGGAAGAAUUGUCUGUUCAAAACAGAAUGUAUGUACUGAUGCUGACUUUUAGCUCAGACGAAGAUGUUUGACAGAAAACUUGAGUGUAAAGUUAGAGAACUGUUUUGCCCUGGUUGUACAUGCCUCUGUACGUGACACUGCUCGGAAUUGCAUCAUUCUGAAGUGGAAGAAUCUUCUGACUGCCAUGUUUUCUCGUCUUUGUCAAGUUAUGGACACAAUUAUGUCAUCAUAUAUUGGGUGUGUCAUAGAUUUGCUUUGAGUGGGCUCAUAGCUUCUAAUGUGAUUGCUUUUAUGUUGUUAUGGUCAUUGAAUUGUCCAUUUGCAACACGAAGUUGUUGGUUAGAAGGAUCCAUUUGAGGCCGCAAAUACAAUUCAUUUCGUCAAAAUCCUGCAUUAAAUAUCAGUCAACUUUAGUCAUCGAGGAGAUGUGAAUAAGAAAUUAUACAGAAAAUAAUAUAAAUUAUUAUAAUGAAUGUAUAUGUGUAAUUGAAAUCUUUUUCAUCAGUCACUUUAUACGAAAAUGUUAAAAUUAUCCAACCAAAUGAUUGUCAAAGAGGGUAAUUUAUUUCACAUGCUUAAUUAGUCAUUACAUAGCUUGUACUCUUGUUUGUACGAAUGACUGUCAUCAGUUUUAUUUCUCAUUGUUAGAACUACCAUAUUUGCCGUAUUAAGCACCCUACUCCGAAAGGUCAUUUUUUAUUAUCGCCACCUACUUGAUGUGACAGUCUGUAUUUGUUUUGUGUAUUUUAAGGAAAAAUCACUCUAGGUGUGUAGUGUUUGUAAUUGUCUACCAUUAUCAAAAAGGUUUAAGUGCCAUCGAUGUUUGAACUAUGUUUGUCCACUACCGCUCAUUGUCUGAAAAUAAUCUAAGUUGUCAACUUAUCUCGAGGGGCAUGUGGUGUGAUGUACCUUGUGUGUGAGCCUAUAUACCCCGAGCCAUCAUUCAUUCCUACAGACACGGAAUAUAUGUCCGAACUUUCACUGAGUAAAACUGUUUGAUUCAGCCAUUUUGAUAAAUAAACUGAGUUACUUCCCUUUACCCAAUGCAUUCGGAUAAACAGUUCAUUUCAGCUCAACGAUACUUAUGCAAGAUAAGCAAAUUACCUAAGGUGUGUUCCAAUUGAUUUCUCAGUGGUCAACAUGAGCAGGCACCAUGGAAAAUAAUUGCCUUCUUCUUAUGCAAUACAGAAGCUAGUACUUUAAUAUAAGGUGAGAUAAAUUAAUUUGUUUAAUGGUUUUAAUAAUAUCCCCUCUGAGGCGUAUUACGGCUAAUAUGGUAUAUAUUUUUUUCUCAAAAUUAUUCUAUGUGCAUGCACCAUCUGGAAAUCAAAUACCUACUUUCACAUUGUGUAGAACUGGAACUAUUUGGCCUUGUGUGGAUCUAAUAUUCAGGAAGUGCUUUCCAUGUAUCCACACAGUAUUUUGUGGUAAGGGUUGCAAAUAAUAUCAGUAGUUCAUCAUUGUUACCACCUAGUUACAAUGCAAUGUAUGCAGCAUUAUUCAUUUGCUUUCAAUAUGUACAGCACCGGAGGGAGACGCUGCUGCUGCCAUUGUCAGAAUUAGUGAUGUUGCCAUUCACCGGAACACAGGUGCAUCGUCUGCAAACUUUGCACGAUACUAUACCCGAUACACUUAAUUUGGCAUCGAUUCACAUUUAUUCCCAUAUUGUUUGUCCUUGUGGAUCUUGCAUCGAUAUCAAUAAGCAAGUACAGACUAUUUUUGUAAUUCUUCAUAACUUUCUUGAUCGUCUUUCGGAUACAAAACUGGCCCAAUAACAAGACUGACCAGCUUUUCCUUGCUGCCUGUCAUAAUACACUAUGUUAAGUUGUUUGUUUCUUAUUAUUUUCUCAUACAGAAUAGUUGGCUUAACUAAUGUGCCAUGUCGAUGGGUAUUAAUCCGCUGUCCUUCUUUCCCUUUAUGAGGAAGUCUAUGGACUCUAUUCUCAGUCUAAUGACUGGGUUUUCCGCACAAAAUGUUGUAUAUGCAGUAUUAAGAUACGUAUCAUGGUUUAGUAUCGAGAUAUGUAUUGUGUGACCUCUGUAACGUUGCAUCCCUACCACAAUCCUUUUAUAGUUGGUUUGAAUCCUAGAACCGCCCUGAUUAUUAUUCUUGCUUUGUCAGCACAACACCUGUGGGUUUGGCCCAAGUGUUAGAUAUCUAAGACCUGCAUCACUUAAAUUUUGCUUCUACAUUGUGUGGACACACCCUGAAAUGACAGAUAAUGUCCAAAGCAGCAUUAUCCCAACUAGCUCACUCAUUGCAUCACAUCUCUGCCAUCGUAAGUUACUGUUCAAUCUAUAAAGACGAUCAAGUCGAUUUAAUUAACAACCGUAACUCUUUUUCUUUUUACAUCUUUACCAUUAAUUUGGUUUGUUAAAAAAGGGAUUGAAUAGGGUUGAUGUGUCACUAACAUAGUCAGUGAAACAACAGGUGCCCCGGUACCCCUGAGACCACAUGUGUGCACCUUUCCCUGGAACCCCUACCCCCAUCCCACCCUGUCCCACCCCACCCCACCCCUUCCCUCCCCAAGUCCAUACCUCAAAGGGACAAGCAAUUCUCUCUGAUGUGGCAUAGCAUCAGAGAGAAGCUACAGCUUGGCUAUAUACACCCAUAAACACAACCCUUCAGUUUUUCCCACAAGUACUGCAUGAAGUGCUGUCCUACAGCUUAUGAGUACCGGUAAUGUGAGGUUGUUGUUUGUGUGGCUGGGUCCAGUGCUGAAUACUGCUGCAUGUGUUUGAACGGCUUUGAGAUGGUGGUGGAGUCUGUGAUAGUGCAGCUCCACUGUUUCUGUGAUCUGUAGCUUAUGUUGUAAUUUUGUUGAUCUUCCCUUGUGCACGUGAAUGCAAGAGAGAGCCCACAAGAAUUUUGUUAUAAACAAAGUUGUUGAUAUGUCUCCACAAAUGGUUCAUUUUGCUGUUGCUCCUGGCAAAUACUUGUGAUGAACCUGUGAAAGAGAGGAAUUUCAAACUUCUCGGCAUUACGGAAGCUAUGGUGCAGAAAUGAUCCUUUGAGUAUGGAAGCUGAUUAUGAGCCAAGUGUGGCCUCAAGGCAGUCUGUCUGUGUAUGCAUGCACCAAUCACUCUAACAUGGUAUCACUACCAUGCACAUUGCUGAUCUAGCUAUCCUCAUAUUUGAUCUUUUCUAGAGAAUGUGAAUGUGUACCUAGUUAUUGAAGGUUCCUGCACUAAAUAAGAUGUCCCUAUAACACAAAUCACAACUCUUCCCCGGGAACAUAAUGGACAGAGAUGCUGGUUCAUUAUCAUCAUGGCCGACAGCUUGGAUCAUUCCUAUGUUUUGCUGGUGAUGGUGGUGAUGACACCCAGUGAUGAUGAUGAACCAUCAUCUAAUAAUAGGCUUUUCUAUCUUGCUGUCUCAUAGAUAUGAUUGUCAUGUCCAUUCCUGCUGCAGUGAAAUGAUAAUGCUGUCUACUCACUCACUUGAGACUGAUGUGAAAAAAGGCAAAAGCAAAUGGAAGGUAGUUGCUUCAAAUGGGGGAGAAAUUUGGCAGUUUCGGUAUUUUGUGUUCACUAUGCCAAAUUUGUUACCCUGACCAAUGUGAUCAUGGCUUGAAGUUUGUUUCAUUGUGGGGAUAUCUCUUUUCUUUUGUUGGAGUGGUUUCGUAGUGGUGAAAGGGAUGUUUUCAAGGGUUUGUUUAUAGUUCCACAAUGAUAUCUUUUGUUUUGCGAAUGUAUACUCCGAGUAUAUGCUGUAAGGCAGUCCAUGCUAUAGGUAAUGGCUUGUUAAUCAACUUAUCCAGCACAUCCUCCCCCUCAGCAGGGUAAUGCACUUCCAUUUGCCCCGAUUCUUACAAUUCUUCAGUCCAUGAUCAAACUACACACCAUGCAAGCGAUGGUAAAGUGUAAUUGAUAAAACAUGCAUUUAGUCAGUUUCUUGUCUUGUCAUUAUUAAACAUAUUUUUCCAAAUUUAAUAUGGGUCCAAUGUGUGAAGCCCAUGAUUCCUUGUGUCCCCCGCUAUGAUGUUGCUAAAAGUGGCAUAAAACCAUACUCACUCACUCAGAAUUUAGUAUGUAAAGGUCCCCAAAACUACAGUAAUUGUUUAUCUUACAACAGAGGGUUGUGCAAUAGUGUUGCACAGAGAUUAGUCACAUUUACACAUUAUUUUGGUCACUUAUCACAUUUCAUUCUAUUCUUUUCAAUUUUGAAAACACAUAUGAAUUCAAAGUGUUAUUCAAAAUGUAAGUUGACUUUGGGUUGGAAGUGGGGGUUUUUUCGUGAAAAAAUAGGCAUUGCUGUCUGAUGUUUGAAUUGGAAAAUGAUGGGAAUGUUUUUCACUGUGAAUUAAUCAGUACAUUUGUAGUUUCUUCUGUCUCUGUCUGCCAUAUUUCAUAAUAACCUUUUUUCAUACCUUUCAAACCUUUGGACGAUAUUGUAACACUGACGUUUUAAAAACAUGACACUACCGUCUUACAAAAUAUUGAUGUUAUUGCGUUGAUGUAGAGAUGUCAAUCAAUUGGCGUUGCAACACCAGUGGAUUUAACACAUGCUAUUCAAACAUGCAGGAAUUAUUUUUCAUCAAGUUUUAGUCUGGAAGAUCUGUCACAGAAAUCCUCCAAGGUGACCUUGGUUUGGGCAGGAUUGCAGUGAUGUCUGGUUUCGAUCAGGCCCUGCAGUUUCUCUUCUUCAGCCUCCAGAUUCCUCCUUUUGAUUACUCCCAUAGUUACAGUGUCUCACUUCUAUACAUCAAACAAGAACUUCAUAAUGUAGACGUAAGCUGGGAGCACAGGUGGCCCAGUCCUCUAACGUGAUGCAAUUUUGUAGGUUUGAAUCCAGGUUAACCCCGAUUGUGUUUCUAGGUUUGUCAGCACCAUACCUGUGCUCAUGUGUUUCACCAAAGUGGUAAACGUCUGAGACCUGCAUCAUUUCUGGUGUGUCCCACAUCAAGCUGACACACCGUAAUAUGACUGGAAUACUGUUCAAAGCGGCGUUAAACCCAACUAACUCACAGUAGACCCAAACUGGGCACCAGUCAUGAAAUCUAACCCUUGGGCUUCUUAUAAUCCUGGGUGCAAAGGCCGCCCAGUCAUCUAAGGCACUGCAGUAUGCUAUGACAUCUUUGAUCGUCAGUUCAAAUCCAGGUUUGUCCUCAUUAUGUUCUAGGUUUGACAGCACCAUACUCUGCUCGUGGGUUUCACCAAAGUGAACGUCUAUAACAUGCAUCACGUCAGGCCUCUCUCCCACAUCCAGCUGGCAUGCUGUGAUAUAACUAUAAUACUGUUCAAAGCUGUGGUAGACCAUACCCACUCACUGUUAAAUUACUUAAACUGCAUUUAUGGAAAAAAAUUAUCAUUGGCUUUAGAUAGGCCCACUACACAUGAUUUAACAUGUUUAGUAGUUACUUGUAUUGGCUGAUCACAAGUACCUUGUAUCAGUUGGGCUUGAACUGAUUUUUACAUCUGGAAGUGGUUCCAUGUGUUUGGUUCUGACAUUAACUUACGGUUCUCCCAAAUGGAGUUUCAUUUCAGUUUUUGUAAAAAUGCAUUGCUCAUUUUCAGUUUCAAACCUGGAUCAAUUUUUACUGACACUGGUUAAUAUGUAUUUUAUUUAUUUAUGCAUGCAAGGUUGGGAAUAUGUACUAAAAGAAUGAAAUAAUGGAUGCAUAUUUAUAUUGUUAUGUAAUAUAUUAUGUCAAAUAUAUUUCCAGAUACAUCAUCUUAA